AUGCUUUCCUUUGUGAAUUAUAUCAAAUUAUGCGCUUCUAGAAGAUCACAUCUUCUAACAGAAACCACUUUUCAAAGAUAUGGUUAUUCAACCAUUAAAUUAACAAGUGAUAAUUAUCCCAAUCUUAAGAGAAAUGACAAUUUCAAAAAGAUAACUUCUGAUGAUUUAGCCUAUUUUCAAUCUAUUUUAACUCCACAAGAAUUGAUUAUUGCCAAGGACAAAGAUGAGCUUAACCUCUAUAACACUGAUUGGACUCACAAGUAUAAAGGCCAAUCCAAUAUAGUGCUUAAACCAAAAAGUGUAGAUAAAGUUUCGUUGAUUAUGAAUUAUUGUAGUAAGGAAAGAAUCGCUGUGGUACCACAGGGAGGCAACACUGACCUUGUUGGUGGUUCUGUGCCUGUCUUUGAUGAAUUGAUUCUUUCCUUAUCUAACUUAAAUAAAAUUAGAUCGUUCGAUGAAUUGACUGGGAUCCUGAAAUGUGACGCAGGUGCAAUCUUAGAAGAUGUCGACAAUUAUUUGAAAGACAAGGGUUACCUUUUCCCAUUGGAUCUUGGUGCCAAAGGUUCUUGUCAGAUCGGUGGUUGUGUAGCCACCAAUGCAGGUGGUCAAAGAUUGCUCCGUUAUGGGUCAUUACACGGCAACGUCCUUGGUUUAGAAGUUGUUUUACCAGACGGUACUAUUUUGAACUCCAUGCAUAGUCUUAGAAAGGAUAAUACUGGGUAUGACUUAAAACAAUUGUUUAUUGGUUCUGAAGGUACCAUAGGGAUCAUUACCGGUGUUUCUAUCUUAACUCCAACUAAUCCUAAGUCAACCAAUGUUAGUUUCCUUGCAGUCAAAGAUUUUAAGGAUAUUGAGACCGUAUUCAAAAGGGCCAAAAGAGAUUUGAGUGAGAUUUUGUCCGCUUUUGAAUUUAUGGAUAUGAAAUCUAUGCAACUGACUAAAAAACAUCUUGCUGAAACUGAUGGUUCAAUGACCUUCCCAUUAGAAAAUGAACAUCCAUUUUACAUUUUGAUCGAGACCUCUGGGUCAAAUAAAGAACAUGAUGAUGCAAAAAUGGAAAAAUUCUUAGAAGAUGUCAUGGGGGAUGAAACAGUUAUUGAUGGCACAAUGGCACAAGAUGUCACUGAGAUUGAAAAAAUAUGGAAAUGGAGAGAAAUGAUCCCUGAAUCAUGCCAAUCAGAGGGCGCAGUGUAUAAAUAUGAUGUUUCUUUACCAUUAUCUAAAAUCUAUUCGCUUGUUGAAUCUACAAAUGCAAAAUUAUUGAAGGAGGAUUUGUUAUAUGAUCCGGUCAAGAAUCCAUCGGGACCAGUUAUCGGUGCCGUUGGUUAUGGCCAUAUUGGUGAUGGAAACUUGCAUUUGAAUGUUGCUGCGAAAGAAUAUAAUAAGAUUAUUGAGAAGUGUUUAGAACCAUUUAUAUACGAAGCAGUAUCUGAAUUACAAGGGUCAAUUAGUGCAGAACAUGGUGUAGGACUCCAGAAGAAAAACCAUCUACAUUAUAGUAAGAGUCCAGUUGAAAUCAAAGUAAUGAAAGACAUCAAGAACCAUUUUGAUCCAAAUGGUGUCCUAAAUCCAUACAAAUAUGUUUAA